UUUGCACACAAUAACAGCAUCCAGGUCCCCCGAAACUCUCGCAGGUCCCCUCUCUGUUUCGUCCAAAACCAUCUCCUUCGUCACCGAACCCUUUGGAUACAGUCGCGAUUGGAGAUAACUGCGAACGCAACGACGGGAUCGCGGCUCACAGAGACCCGAAACUCCCAUUUGUUUCCUCCUUCUGCUCCACUCCUACCCGAAACCAUUGAGGAAGAUUUGAAGACGUAAUCUGAUUGUUCUGCCUGUGAAGUUCAAACAUGUCAGCCAAAUACGUCAUUGGAGCCUUGGCAGGGUCCUUUGCUAUCGCCUAUAUCUCUGAUAAAUUUGUAGCGGAUUACAAGAUAUUUGGAGGCACCACUCCAAAGACUGUAUCUGACAAGGAAUGGUGGGAAGCAACUGACAAGAAGUUUCAGGCCUGGCCUCGCACCGCCGGACCGCCGGUGGUGAUGAACCCGAUCAGCCGCCAGAAUUUUAUUGUCAAGUCGUCCGACUCCUAAAGCUUGUCAUCGAAUGUUAAGGUAUGUGAAAUGGUAUUACUUCGUGAUGGAUUGGAUUAAAUAAAUCAUUGAGAAUUGUUGGAAGAACCUAGACGUUUUAUAAUGUUCACCAAACUCUAAUGUUUUGAGGGAGACAUUUGGUUAUGUUAAUUCAAGUUUUAAUAUAUUUUGCUUUCUUUAAUUUAACAUUUGGAAGAAAAUGUAAGUUGGUCUUGUGUUGAUGUUUGUUGAAUCUAAGAAAAGUAUGUUGAUUUUUUACU